AAACUUGGGCCUGCGGGUCACAGCCAAACGCAGGAGAGCGAUGGUAUAAAAGGAAGAGCGUGAAAGGCAGUUUAUCAGAGACGUAGACUUUUGGAGCUUGGUCGUUCUGAAUCUCUACACUACAAACCCAAACUGCAAUGCGCUGCUGGGCUGCUUUCCUGCUGGCGCUGGUAAUCAGCUCAAGCCAGGCCAUCACAAGGAUCGCUCUGAGGAAGAUGCCCUCGGUGCGGGAGACCCUGCGGGGCAUGGGAGUGACGCCAGCAGAGGUCUUUGCGGAACUGAGCUUGAAGGAAGCUGUGAAUCCACACCCUAGCAACGGGACAACCCCACUCACCAACUACUAUGAUACUCAGUAUUUCGGAGAGAUCAGUAUCGGCUCCCCGCCCCAGAUUUUCAACGUGGUAUUUGACACCGGUUCCUCCAACCUCUGGGUGCCAUCCUACAGCUGCUCUCCCCUGUACACUGCCUGCUUUUCACACAACAGAUACGACUCCUCCAAGUCCAACACACACAUAGAGAACGGGACAGUUUUCUCGAUUCAGUAUGGCUCUGGCAACGUCAGGGGGUUCCUCAGUCAAGACCUGGUGGUGGUGGGAGGGAUCCCUGUGAUCCAGGUGUUUGCUGAAGUUACGGCUCUACCCGCUCUGCCCUUCAUCUUUGCCAAGUUUGAUGGAGUUCUGGGGAUGGGGUACCCCAACUCGGCCAUUGACGGGAUCACCCCCGUUUUCGAUCAGAUCCUGUCGCAGCACAGCCUCAAAGAGGAGGUCUUCUCAGUGUAUUAUAGCAGGGACCCCCACAAAAAGCCAGGUGGAGAGAUUGUGCUGGGGGGCACAGACCCCAUCUAUUACACUGGAGAAUUCAACUACAUCAGCACCAGCAAGAAAGGGAAGUGGGAGAUCCAGAUGAAAGGGGUGUCAGUGGGCGUGGAGCUGUUGUUCUGUAAAGAAGGCUGCACAGCUGUGAUUGACACCGGCUCCUCCUACAUUACAGGCCCCGCCUCCUCCGUGUCAAUUCUAAUGAAAGCCAUUGGAGCGAUUGAACUGGCAGAGGGAGAGUACACGGUAGACUGCGGCAGAGUGAAGUCCCUGCCCAGUAUCUCCUUCAGCUUCGGAGGUCAUGAAUAUGAACUGACUGGGGAAGAUUACAUUCACUGGCAGUCCAAGUUUGGGGAGGACUUGUGUGUGGUGACUUUUUCAGGUCUGGAUGUGCCCCCGCCCACUGGUCCCAUCUGGGUCCUUGGUGCCAACUUCAUCAGCCGCUACUAUGUGGAGUUCGACCGGAGGAACAACCGAAUCGGCUUUGCACGGGCUGUCUGAGAGGAGAGGAACCUCUCCUCUAAAAAUAAAAUAGAACACCACUCUCACUGUCACAACCGCCGUCCUCUCUUAAAGUCUUCCCCAAAUGUGCUCGGAGCAGACCACCUUAGUCCAUGCUUUCCCCUUAGAUUCAAUUUGUGGUGCUACUGUUGUUAUAGCAGUAAAUAACCAAACAAAACAACUGUGCCAAAAACAUCUAGUGGUAUUAGGCAUGUUGUCAUUAUCGUGAAAUAGUUGAACGUUGUUGCAGUAAAUUCUGUAUGUCAUG